AGUGAACCCAACAACUCCUCCACUCCCAUUCAUGAGUCUACACUCCAUACCUUAUCUCCUUCUUUAUAUAUAUAUAUCCCCCAAUACCAUCCCACACAAGACACCAAUCUUUAACAGAAAACCAUGGAUUGGUUCUCUUGGUUAUCCAAAACUGAUCUUGAGCCUUCUCUUGUAUAUGAAUAUGGCCUUGCUUUUGCACACAAUGAGCUUGAGGAAGAAGAUAUAAUUUACUUCAACCAUGAAUUCCUCCAAAGUAUGGGCAUAUCCAUUGCCAAACAUAGGCUAGAAAUACUCAAGCUUGCUAAGAGGGAGAAGGGUGGAAGGUUACAUCCUGUGUCUAGGCUUAUAGCUGCAGUCAAGAAAACAAAGAGAUCUCUUUCCAAGUAUAUCCACACAUGGGUUCAUCGCAAUGACUCUGCUCUUGUCGUCGUUUCGAAGCCUAAUUAUAGUAAGCGAUGGAGGGGAGCCAUGUUGAAGAGGAAUAAGAGGGUGAUGACAAUGAAGCAAGAGAGGUUGAUGCUCACAAAUGGAAGUCCAAUGGUUGCAGGGCCUCCUCCCAUUAAUGGUAGUGGGGGGAAGAGUCCAGUGGUCUACCAACUUUGCAAUGAUGACAAAGUUGAGGAUGAUACAUAUUGGGCUAGUGCUGUUCAAGAGAUCAGGUGGGAUGCUAUGUUUCAGGAUUUGAAACCAACAUGAAGUUCUUAAUCAGUCUUCUUAAAUUGGUGAGAGAUGGUUUUUCAGUUCUUCCACCAGAGUUUUUUCCUUAGUUUCUUACAGAAUUCUUUUCUUUUGUAAUGAUGAGGGCCAUGAAGAAACCCACUUUACCUUCCAUAUAGGGUCUGCUUUUGUCUUGAAAAUGUCCGCUUUGCUUCAUUAUUUUCCAUUUUCCUUCUUAGCCCCACCUCCCUACCUCCCCACCUCCCUACCUCCCCACCUUCCCCCUCUCUUCUUUUUUGUUGCUGUGUUAGAAAGAAAGCAUGAAGAGUUUAGUUUGUGAUGGAAAUGAUUAUAGUAGGCAAGUGUGUAAAACCAUGUUAUUUGAAGAGUUUAGUAAUGAAUCUAGCUAUUCCCCGAUUGGUUUUAAA